GAUUAGAAAUUUCUUCCAAUUCAGAUUUGUUAAUGCUUUUUUGGUCCAAAUAUAUUUCAAUCCAGAUGAAUACUGGCAAGCCCUUGAAGUUACUCAUCGAAUCUCAUUUGGAUGUGGACAUUUGAUGUGGGAAUGGGAAAAGGGUAUAAGGAGUUAUCUUCAUCCAGUGAUAUUUGCUGGAUUGUAUAAAGUUCUUGCCCUUUUUCAUCUUGACAAACCUUGUUUCAUGGUAAGAAUUGUAUAUCCUGGUUGCCUACCUAAUGUAUCAAAUAAUGGUAGAGAAGCAGCUUCAAAGACAAGGUUGAAUCAGGCGAAAAUGUUGAUUUCAGGCUCUCCAAUUUCCAAGUCCUCUAAGGUAUCUGCUUAUGGGAAGAGGAAAAUCACGACUCGCAAAAAUGCAAGUGAUAUGAUUAAGCUCAGUAGAAUUGUUGUCGCAAAAAUAAGACAUGCUCCAUUUGCUACUUACCAGAGACACAACUAUGAUCACCUCCGUUCAUCAUCUUUGUCAUUUACCUAGAAGAUUAGAAGCAACUUUCAAAAUCUUCAGGAAUUUGUGGUCUUAAUCCAAUGUCGGCGGGGUGAAAUGAUUGAUUGGAAAUUCAUCGAGGAGUUAUUAAGCUUAGUUCUUGAAGAUGCAUGCGUUUCUCGACUUGUGCAUGGUAUAACCUUAAAUUCUCACCUCCUGUAUAAUUAUCUCAUUUUUAAGCUUAAAUUGUUCAGAGUGAACUUGCGUUUACUUAUUAAUGUACUCAAUACGACUUCACACGUAAAGGGGCUACGCAUGUGAAAAUUCCUUUUUGACAAUGGGCUCAUCCCCGCCAUCGAUCUAUAAAUUUUCAUAUUCCGCAAUUUUGGUUGUCAAAAUUUUGUUUGUUGAUAUUUUAUUGAAGUGUAUUGUGUAGUUCAUCUCAUCUACUAAGUGAUUAUUAGAGAAAGAAAAACAAACAUUAUCUUCCUUAAUUACUUUAUUGUGUUAACAAUUAUGAAUUACAUUGCCCUUUUGCACCAAAGGAUCACAUUAAUCAUCAACUAGGGAAUUGAUUUCUUUAUUUCCUACAUCUACCUUAUGUUUAAGUACAAAGUUGGGCAAAGUAUAAUAUUAGUUUCUUUGUAUCUUCAUCUGAUGUUGGUUGUUGUUCAUAAGCUCUAGCAUUUCUAUAAUGGAUGCAUUUGAUCUGUCUGUUCUUUAUUUUGUGGUUGGAUCAGCAACGUAAUGAA